CUCCUACACUCAAAGCCUGCUGGCUGAGCUGCCGGGGGUUACUGACUGAUGAACUUAGACCUGUUGCGUCGCCUAUCCUGCUGACGGCCAUGGGAUGGCCAGAAGGAUCUGAGGUUCAUCACAAACACACGUACUCACCUGAAGAGGAAGGAAGGAACCCUCUUUUUUUUGCCUCCUUAGACCUUUCUUUUUAGGAUGAAGGAUGAUCUGUUUCUGAUACUGCUAUCUGGUUGCCAAUAAGAGAUUGCACAGUCUAUUGACUCUAAAGAGAACAAAAUAGUGAUUUUUUUUUAUUUUAUUUUAAUUUUUGGAAAGCAUUUUAAUCCGUACAAACUAAGAACAGAAAACGUUAAAUUGUUGGGAAUUUUUUAUUUUUUUUCUCAAAAUACAGUACAAAGAAAUUCCAGCAGUACUGUAGCUGUCUAACAUUUCUUUUGUCGAUUCAGGCGGUGCACAUCUGAAUCCAGCACUGGACCUGCUGGCGUCUGUGUCUGCACCUCUGGAAAAAUGGAGAAAAAAAACAGUUUCUGUUCACAAACUCAUCUUUUAUAGGCCAAAUCAGGAAGAGUGUGUGAGUGUGUGUGAAUACUUGUCUUCUUGUGUGCAUUUUUGCUUGCCUGCAUGUAAGUCAGGGUUAAGGUCAAUUCACUCAGUUGAAUUUAAAAGAGAAAAAAAAAGUAUAAAAAAAAUAAUAAUUUUAUUGACUGAAAAAAGGGUUUAAGCAAGCAAACUUGCUGAACUUGUGUACUUUCUGCUGGUUGCUGUCGAAGUGAGUUCCCCCUGACCCUGGUGUGAGUAGUUGCCACUCUCCUCCAGUCUCUCCUGUAUCCAGGGAUGUAAGUCUUUUUUGCAUUAAAUUCUACUGUAUACACUACAAAAUUAUAAGGCAUAUCACCUCCUCCCUGUCCCACACAAGCCCUCAGUGCCUGUCAGCCCACUGCCUCCCCUUUUGUGCGUGUUUGCGCGGAUCCACGCAUGCCUGUUGACACAUGCGUGUGUGAGAUUGAGGAGCGUUUCGUGUAAUCCAAUGCGUGGGGGUCAUAUUUCGUAUCUACUUGCACACACUACUAGUGCACAACUGACACCCUUCUUUAAGCUGUUUGAUGCGUUACCAUUACAUUAAUCUUCUCACAAAGUAGUGUAUUAUGAUUUACUGUAGCUUGGUUUUAUUGCUAUUUUGCAUUUAUAGUUUGGUUUUUAUUCUGCUUAUUUAUAGGUGCUGUAUUUUUUUUUCAUUUAAUGUCUUAUCAUACAAGUUGUCAAUUUUUUAAGGGAUUAUACUGUUCCUGAGGGCAAGUAACAUUUUUAUUAGCGUAUAGACUGCCGGCAGUAUUGGUUAAUAUUUACAAAGAUGUACUAGUUCUCGUUUGUUUGUAUAUUCAUGAAACCUAAAGUUUAGUGUCAUUUCAGUAGCUUUGAAAACGUGUUUUGCUACGGUUCAUGCUCCCAUAAGCAGAAAGCUCUUACCACAACUGUUAUACUCUUCAAAUGCUAGCUAGAGAAUCAAAGGACAUAUCAAGAUCAGUAGAUAUCAAAUAGCCUAAUCCUUCUGUUUUUUCUCCUGUUUUCUGAUCCUUUUUAUAUAUUAACCCCCCCCUUGGGCAAGCCCAACACUAACGCUUGGCAAGGCAUGCAGCCAAAUGUCGCCCAUCUUAUUAAUCACGCCAAUGUAAUAAUAACUGCUCCAAGUUUGUACUUUUUAUCAAAUUGGUCAAGUGGAAUUACCUCACUUGAGAACUUGUGUUGAAAAGAGGUCAUAUCUGCCAAAUUGAGAUUAGAGAAUUGUACCAGCUAGCAGGAGUGCUGCGCCACAAUGAGCAGAGAUAGCCAGCCUAUGAUUAUGCAGAAUUUCUAUUGCAGUUCGUAACAAAGCACUUAGCGAGAUCUUUUUAUGACUGAAACCUUGGACAGGGUCUGCAAACACUACAACGGAAAUCCCAGAAGUCUGGGACAUUUAUGCCUUUUAAGAAAAAAGAAAAAAAAAUGUGUGGUUGAGAACCAAGCACAGACUCACAUUGACACUAAAAAUGGAGACGUAAUUUGGCUGGACCCAUUCUCAUCUCGUCAUAGACUUUAUUCUUAUCAAACUUCUCUUGUAUAGUACAGAUUACAACCAUCAGCCAUAGCUGUUCUUCAAUUAAAUCCAUUGAUCAGAAUUGGAUUUUCUAAUAAUAAUCUGAUAAUUGUAAAACUUUUCCAACGUGGGCUCCUCUCCGGGAGAGCAGAUGUGAGACGUCUGUCCUCCCUGAAGGGCCUCUGUUGGACCGCUGGGACUGGAUGACCACACGGAUUAUUGGAACAUUUCAAGGGUCCAUCAGCUCACCUGAACCAUCAUCAGAUUUGUGCCUUUAUCUGCCAAGCAGGGCACCAAGCUAGUGAUAUCAUCAAUCGCUCACCCUGGUCCAAAGUUUUCUUCUGGUGGUCUUCAUGUUGGUACUCAACGCGUUCUCUGUGGAAGCUUGUGUGUAUUUGCUAGUAACGGGAGGAAAGAAAAGGUUUUUACGACUGAGCUGCAGUCAUUUUUGGAGUCCGGGUAUCAUUUCAAACUAUUGUCUAUGUUUGUAUAAUCCCCCCCCCCUCAAGUUUUUUCUUAUGUUGUACUCAAACGAACCAUCAGCGAAAGGCCAGAGCUUUGAAUGAAGGAGGAAGCAUGUAGAAUCAGCAUACACUGUAAUAACACUGAAUUUAUUCACGGGGCAUUUUGUAUUUUUCUGUUUGUGUCAGGUUUGCUGUGACAUGAAUUGCGGCACUACAGGUAUUGAUAAUGAAGUGUGCCAAUUCUAAUGCUUAUUUGGAAAAAAAAAAAAAGAGAGAUGUGUAAAUACAGUCAAUCGAGUAGCUGAUUGAUUCACUAUUGUCACAGUGUGCUUUUUGUCUGAAGGCAGGAGAAGAGAAGGGACGAUUCAGGACUUUUCCAUGAUCCACAGAUAUUUUUCUACAAAUUUAAAUCAGAUGAUUCUAUACACUGUUGAAUAACAUUGUAAAGGUGUAACAAAUGCUGUAUAUCUUAUCAUGUUUUCUGAAGUCGUAAAGCUUUACUGUAUGAUCUGUUGAAGUAGUGGUUCUUCAUUUUGACACGUUCGUUGUGAUGGAAGCCGGAAAAGCAGCACUGGUCACAUUCAGGAAAAAAAAAAGAAAAAAAGACAAACCUCAGAUGUUUUUGUAAUACUUUUAGAAUAUAUCUUAUGAAGUGGGUUUUGUAAGGAAACACUUUCUGAAUCAGUGGUGCUGUAUGCAUAGCACACUCAGUUAUACAUGUUCACAUUAUACAGCACAAGACACUCAUCUUUAAACCCCCCCAUCCCUUCCACUCGCGUGCGUUUUCCUUUCACUCGCAAUGGCGCCGGCUAAUUUGGAAGUCUUAGGCCAUUUCUUUGUUUGCUUAUUUUUACUCCGAGACCGACGUUGAGACGAUAAACACGAGGUCGAGUCUCGCACGACUUAAAGAAAAGACGCAAAAGCCAAAAAGUGACAUUGGUUUGUUUUUUUCCACUUCUGUUGAAAGGUCGCCGACAGAAGUUUUUGUGUAUUGCUACCUAGCGUCGUUGCUUCAUUUGACCCAUAGCUUCAACCACAGUGUAGUCUGAUGACCAAAUGACCUGGGGAGAUCUUCACCCACCCCCCUCACCCUUCCACCCCUUCUCUUCUUCCUCCUCCUCUUUUGGAAAGCUUUAAGAUGCUUGUUGAGGCUUCAGCAAGUUUUUAGAGGAUUUUCUCCAACUUAUCCAUCAACAACGUUGAAGUAAUAAUUUUCCUCAUCUUAAUUUUUGUGUGUGUGUGUGUGUGUGUGCGCGAGUAUGUGUUUGUUGUAGUACAAAAGGCUGCAUGACUGUAAAGGGAUGUGUGUGUUUUUUUCCUUUGAAAGUUGUUUCCUCAGCACUUCUGUCACUCAUGAGAUGCUCUUUUUUUCCUCCUGUGGGGUCUCCCUUUGUUUUCUGUUUUUUUCAUGUAUCAUUGUUUCUUUUAUCUUUCUAUUUACUAAGCGCAUCAUGUUGUUUGUUCUCAGCACUGUAAAACAGUCCCUUCUGCAACAUUGAAAAGCAAUAUCACUGUAUGAAACGUUCACAAUGUAUUUGUUAUGAUUGACAUUUGAUUCAUCAUUAUUAUUCACUUGCACCCUAGGUGUGAUAAUUGAAGUAAAUCUCUUUUAUACAAAUACUAACAGAGUUCUGUUGUGUGCUUCUUUUCUGUUGGAAAAUAUUUGGGGGUUUGAAAAACAAAAGUAUUCUCAGAGAAAAAGAGACAUUUGGUUGGAAACUAGAAACAAAAAAGCAGUCGUUUUUUUUUCCUUUUCAGCUCUUUUCAUCUUUUUCAGGUGAGUUUUCCGAAGGAUUACUGAUUAUCUGAACAAAAUGAAUGAAUAACGCUCGACAUUCUCUGCUCCUGACAGGACGUUACUCUGAGCUGCAGGGAGAGUUCUCUGCUGCGGUGCGGACCAGCUCGGAGCAAAAGGAGCUCAUAGUGAAGCUGGAGCAUGACCUGGGCACCAUCCAGGCCAUGUCCUCCCUGCCUCGUCCCCAAGCGGACGGAUCGGAGAUCAGCAACAUGAGGGACAUCCCGGAUCCCAUUAAGGAGGCCUCUGCGUCGUUUGCUGCAGGUUCAGGCGUGAGUCUCAACACGGAGCUUCCUCAGGGUCAGAUGGACUCCCUGCUCGCCAUCAUCUCCAGCCAAAGGGAGCGGUUCCGCUCCCGUAACCAGGAGCUGGAAGCUGAGAAUCGCUCCCUGCAGCAGACCAUGCAGGCCCUGCAGAAUGAGCUGGAUAGCCUGAGGGCCGACAACAUCAAGCUCUACGAGAAAAUCAAGUUCCUGCAGAGCUACCCGGGAAAAGCUGGCGGGAGCGAUGACACAGUGAUGCGUUACUCCUCUCAGUAUGAAGAAAGACUGGAUCCAUUUGCCUCCUUCAGCAAGAGGGAGCGCCAGCGCCGAUACCUGAGCCUCAGUCCUUGGGAUAAAGCAACUCUCAGCCUGGGUCGUGUGAUUCUCUCCAACAAGAUGGCCAGGACUGUUGCUUUCUUCUACACCUUGUUCCUGCACUGUCUGGUCUUCUUGGUGCUGUACAAGACUGCUUGGAGCGAGAGUAUUGGAAGAGACUGCACUGCGUUCUGUGCUAAAAAGUAUUCUGACCACCUCCACCGCUUCCACGAGAACGACCAAAACCUGUAGGCUGUCCUGCAUCACAGAGCCUUAAAUCAUGCAGGUUCUGAAGGAACCUUUCCGGGUUUUCUGGCUCCUUUGUUUUUGUAGUAGUGAACAUCUCCACUAGGUGGCAGUAUAGGAUUCUAAACUGUGACUUAGGGACAUUUUAUGGGUUUUAACGUUUACUAUAAAUUUUUGGGGAACCAAAAUGAAGUUUGAGAUGAUUUAAAAACGAUUUUGAUUUAAAGAAUUAGAAAUCUACCAUAGUACACCUCGGUACUUAAGUUUUGUUUUUUCAGAAUUGAAAUAUAUAUUUGAUUAGUUGGGUGUUUUAAAGAUAGAGGGCUGGUGGUUAAUAUAUAAAAAUACUAUAAUGGAAUUAAUGCAGUUUUUGAAGGUAACGGUGGCGGUAUUAUGAUAGGGUUUUGGGUUGUUUGUUUUUUUUCUCUAGUAGGGUUGAUACAUUUAUGAAAGAGAGGAUGUUGGAUCAAAAAAAAAGUUUUUUUUUCACUUAUAUACACAGCUAACAUGCUGAUCUUUUCUUUUUCUCUUGAUAUCAAUGGUAGGAUUGAUAAGUGACGGGCUGUGGAUCUUAUUCAACUGUCUUUGUUUAGUUACACGUUAAUGACAUGUUGACGGUUACCUAAAGUGUAAACCCAGCUUUCAACAGCUACUUGCAUGCUUGUCUAUCCCUUUUUUCCAUCUUCCUGUUCAAAUAAAAUCUAUGCAGUUA